AUGGAUAAGUCUUGGAUGCUUAUUGAAGAUAGAUUGCAUUCCCCUGAGUAUGAUGAAGGUGUUAGACAAUUCUUAGCCAUGGCACAAGCUCAUGCAGCGACAGCUGAUCAGAUUAGGUGUCCAUGUAGGAGAUGCCGGAAUAGAGCUUUUCACUCUAUUCGUAUCGUGGAAGAUCAUUUGUUUUUAAGAGGGAUUGAUCCAACGUAUACAGAAUGGAUUUUCCAUGGAGAAGAGGAUCCGAUACUGAAUUCUACAUUCUCCGAUGAAGAAGAUGAUGUAGCAUCCUCUUACAAUCACUAUAUUGAUGAUGUCGACGAGAUGUUAGACGACAUUCGUCAUGGGUCGUUUAUGGAUGAGGAAGGUAGCAAUGGAAGAAAUGCAAAUGAUAAUUAUCAACCCUCCACCUUUAAUGCUCCAACCGACUAUAACUUCGACGAGUUGGUUGCUGACGCACGACAACCACUUUAUCCCGGAUGUGCUAAGUUCUCGAAGCUAUCAUUCAUCGUCAAGCUACUUCACAUCAAGAGCAUAGGUGGUUGGACAGUGAAGUCCUUUGACAUGGUGAUCAAGCUUUUGCACGAUGCAUUUCCCGACGCUCUAUUUCCAAAUUCAUAUCACGAUGCUCGUCGCUUAGAGCGUGGCUUGGGAUUUAAUUAUGAAAAGAUAGAUUUGUGCCCAAAUGACUGUGCGUUGUUUUGGAAGGAAAAUGCAUCAUACAAUGAAUGCCCUAAAUGUAAAGCAUCUAGGUGGAUUGCAAGCACAAGUGACCAGCAGAUGAUACCACAAAAGGUUCUUCGAUACUUCCCCUUGAAGCCGCGCUUGCAGAGACUGUUUAUGUCAACGAAGACAGCCCAAGCCAUGAGAUGGCAUAAAGAUGCACAUGUUGACGAUCCAACAUCCAUGCGACAUCCAGCAGAUUCAAGGGUAUGGAAAGACUUCGAUAACAAAUAUGUUGCCUUUUCCCAUGAUCCUCGCAAUGUUAGGCUUGGGUUGGCGAGUGAUGGGUUUAACCCCUUCAAUAACAUGAGUAGGCCGUACAGUAUUUGGCCGGUACUACUUGUGCCCUACAACUUGCCCCCUUGGUCAUGCAUGAAAGAUCCAUACACCAUGUUGUCGUUGCUAAUCCCUGGCCCUAAGUCACCAGGGAAUGAUAUUGAUGUGUUCUUGCGUCCUCUU